AUGCAGGCUCCACAGCUGGUUACGCCCACCCCCCUGGCCGACGCGGCAGCACUGGCAGAUGCUCUGCAACGCGACCGACUCCAAGUGGUGGAGCUGUACGCCGACUGGGCGGGGCCCACACAAGCGCUGCCCACCUUUUGGCGGAAGGUGGCAAUGGAGCACGGAGGCCAGCUACCGCUCGACCUCUCCACCGCCUGCUACGAGAAGUGCCACGAUGCGCCGGCGCUGGCGGGACACAGUAGCACCAGCCAGCCAAAGUUCUUGCUCUUCAAGGGCGGCAAGCAGGUGGCGUGCGUGGAGGGAGUGGAUCCCCCGGGCCUGCUGGCCGCCGUAAACAAGCAGCUGGCGGCAGCGAGCGGCGCAGCGGCAGCGCACCGAUCCAGCGACAGCGAGGAAGAGUGA